GGAUGGAAAGUUUUCCGGAAGUGACGUUGCAGAAUCAAGACUCGUAGAAAAGUGGUUUAUUAAAGUUUGAAUGGAUUUGGACUUCACUGGAAAAGUCGCUAAUGUUGACAUUUUCAGUGGGCGGUGUCUCAUUUCACCCUGAAGGACCCGGAAUGAAUCUCAGCGCUGAUCUGGAACACUGAGGGAGGCUGAACACACACCGGAGUCCUGAGAGUGAGAAGUGAGCGAUGCCUUUGUUUCGUCACGCUGAGGUCAGACUGGAGAGGGAGAGGAGGAAGAGGAAUAGUCCUCAUCAUCAGUGUUAUGAGGAAGAGGAGGAUGGACCUUCAUCGCUGAGGCGUCUGUGUCUCUUCAGCCUGGCAGAGAACAUGAAGGACGUGUGGACGCAGGACUACGCUCACAACUACAUGGAUCAUUACUUCUUCCGAUACGUUAUGGGGCCCUUCAGUCUCCUGCCAGGAGAUCUGGUUGAGGAGCUGCUGUGUGUUCUGUCUCAGAGGAAGCUGCUGUCUCGUGCAGCUCUGCAUCUCCUCCUGCUGCCACAACUGCACACACUCUCACUGUCCCACUCCUGUAACCUCGUCACCGCCAACCUGUGCAGCCUGGUCACUGUGCGCUGUCGGUCUCUGAAGUCUUUAGAUCUGAGUGGAGCGCAGAACGUCUCCUCCGCCGCUCUGUGUUCUCUCCUCAGUGACCUGUCCUGCCUCCACUCUCUCUCUCUGGCUGGAACUCUGUGUGACCCUGCCGUGAUUGCUACGCUGACCCGGCAGUGCUUGCUGCUUCAGCACCUGGAUGUUUCCCGGUGUCUCCACUUGCCCCCGGGUGCCCUGCUGCCCCUGGCGCUGCAAGGACCUAAACGUCUCACCAGCCUGCUGGCUCUGGACAUCGGUUUAGGAGAGCACGAGGAUGAUGGACCGGCUUCAGCUGCCUUCCUCCUGCUCGGCGUGUCCGGUCUCCAGCGCCUGGCGAUGGAGGGUCUCGGACACGCUUGUGUGAUCAUCCAGAAGCGGGAUUUUGUUGUGACUCAUGGGUUUUCCACUCGAGAGCGCGUGCCUUUUCUUGAGGAAUUAUGGGAUUCAAGAGCUCAGGAAAAGGAGGAGGAGAGACUUGGUUCGGAGGAGAAAAUGGACACACCCUUGAGUUUCGAUGAAGGCAGAAGAAUGGACGCACCAAGGGGAAGUUUAAAAUUGCGUCUCCGAGAGGUACAGGGUCUGACCCUCGACAGUCUGGAUGCUGUCAGCAACUUGUGCCCUGAUCUUCACUCUAUAUCUCUAAACUGCCAUGAUGAUGAUGAUGAAGGUUCCUCCUCCCAGAGCGUACAUUUGACUCGGGGCUUGGCUCGCUGGUCAGGUCAGCUGCACUUCCUGUCCCUGCAGUUCUCCGGCCUGAUCUCAGACCUGGUUUCUCCCCUGCAGGUUUCCGGUUCUAGUCUUCUCUCCCUCACCCUAGAGGGGGUCCAAGCUGAUGGGAACCUGCCUCUUGUUGCACUCCUGCGUGCCUGCCCUAAACUCACUGCUCUCACGCUUCACACUGACCCUCCACGCUCCAACCAGGAGGAGGAUGAUGAUGAUGAUGAAGAUAUGGAAGACUGGGAUUUACCGUGCCUUCCACACCUCUGCACUUUAACACUAAUUUUCUCCUUGGACGAGAGGCAGUUGAAGCCUGUGCUGUGCUGGACAUCCCUGAAGGGGGUGCUGUGGUCCCUGCUGAGAGGCUCCGUGCAACUUCAUACACUAUCUCUUAUUGCUGCUCCAUGUCGCCUGGAUCCAGUGUUCAGACUGGUUCUGGAUCGUCACGCCGAACCACUGCGACGUCUCCGACACGUCAGCCUGCAGCGCUCCGAUGUCAGGAUGGAGACGAUGACGCGACUCGUAGACUCCUGCUGCCGCUUGAGCACUCUGGAUGUGAGCGGCUGCUGGUCUUUGACUCGCAGCAACAUCACUAAAUUACAGAGCCGGGCCAGGAGGAGGCGCCGUAAACUCCACAUCACAUGGGCGUAAGGCAGAGACGAAGUACACUGAUUGGCAAACCAGGAUUAUUAUUAUUUUUUUAAAUCAAUUCCGGAUUUAAAUCCGUACUUUCGACAUCGCCGUGAGAGUUCAGCUGUUUGUUGUUAAAUGAAUUGAGUCUUUUUAACGAUCCCAAACACGACAAUUUUAUUCAUGAAGUACAACAAUAUCUCUUCUCAGAGGUACAACUUCAGUGUAACUGUUUACAGUCAGCCAUGUUGUGAUCUCUGUGCACUUUUGACGUUAAUAUAACAUGAAUUGAUAAGAUUUUUGUUUUA